UUGUUUUUUUAUUUUUUUGGACAAAGAAACGCGGAUUUCACCCCCUCCGCCCCAGUGCUGAUUUUUUUUUUUUUUUUUAAAUCUUAAAGUGAUAUUUUUAAAUUAAUAUUUUGAGAUUUUAGGAAGUAAACAUUUGGGAUCUCUCUGGAAGAAGUGAAUUUUGAGGUCAAUUUGCGGCUUUCUGAGGUAAACUCUCGGCUUUUUUUUCCCCCGAAAGGAAAGUUAGUCGAUCUCCCCGCGGCCGUUCCCCGGGAGCCGAGCUCGGUAACACGGCCAAUGUCCUCCCCGCUGAAGGACGAGGAAGAAGAAGAGGAAGAAGAAGAGAUGGCAGUGUCCGAAGAAGGGGACGGCGAAAAGGAGGAGGAAGACGAAGAUGAAGAAGAGGAGGAGGAAGACGAAGAUGAAGACGACGAGCCGCAGGCGACACAAAGCCGCCAUAGCCCCAGCCUCUUUUUCCCGCCAACGGCCUCGAGGGAGCCGGGGAGUGUUGAAACCGACGAGACACCAACGGUCGCCGCUGCCGCAGAUGAUGAAGAUAUUUCUCCAACUCCUUCUCCACCCGAAAUUGUCACCAAGAAAAAACGAGGACCUAAGAAGAAAGACAAAGAUAAACCCAGACCACCAAGGGCCAUUAAACCACGCAAGCGCAAGAAGGCUGACAGUGAUGAUGAGAUUCGCUGGGAGGAAUGUCUUAGAGACCAGGGCUCUCAUGACAGUGACCAAGAACUCGGAGGUAAAAAGAGAAAGAAAAAACACAAAGAAAAAAAAGAGAAGAAAACCAAGAAAAGGAAAAAGGAUGAAGAGACAGUAGAAGUGCGCAAGGUGGAGCAGAAGUCCUCAGCAAUGAUGCUGUCUAGCUGGGGCUUAGAAGAUGUAGAUCACGUCUUCACAGACGAAGAUUACCACACGCUCACAAACUACAAGGCGUUCAGCCAGUUUAUGAGGCCUCUUAUUGCAAAGAAGAAUCCUAAAAUCCCUAUGUCCAAGAUGAUGACGAUUCUUGGCGCCAAGUGGAGGGAAUUCAGUGCCAAUAACCCUUUCAAAUCCUCACCGGCAGCAGUGGCCGCAGUGGCGGCAGCAGCUGCAGCAGCGGUGGCUGAACAAGUGACCCUUCCUUCAUCGACCAGUGUAUCUCAGCCAGUGCCAAUGCGAAGAGCUAAGACCAAGGAGGGCAAAGGCCCAGGCCAUAAGAAGCAAAACAAAGGCCCACGAGCUCCGGAACCAAAGAAGACAGGCAAAAAGAAAAUGGCGCCUCUGAAGAUUAGACUGGGAGGGGUUAAACGCAAAGCUACUAGUUCAAGUGAGGAGCUUGGAGAGGCAUCAGACAUGGAGAACUCAAGCGUACACAGUUCUUCUGCUCCUUCUGAUAGCUCCGGAAGGAUAAAGAGGAAAAGAGGAAGACCGGCAGGGAAAAAGAAAAAGGCUGUCAUAGAGGAAGGUGUGUCGGCUGGGGAGGGCUACGAGACAGACCAUCAGGAUUACUGUGAGGUCUGCCAGCAGGGUGGUGAGAUUAUUCUGUGUGACACCUGUCCACGAGCCUAUCACCUGGUGUGCCUGGAGCCAGAACUGGAGCGUGCUCCCCAGGGCAAGUGGAGCUGCCCACACUGUGAGAAGGAGGGAGUGCAGUGGGAGGCCAAGGAGCUGGAAGAGGAGGAACUGGAGGAAGGGCGGAAAGAACGGAGGGAGGAGGAAGAUGACCACAUGGAGUUCUGCCGUGUCUGUAAGGAUGGAGGAGAAUUGCUGUGCUGUGAUGCCUGUGUAUCAUCCUACCACAUCCACUGCCUGAACCCUCCGCUGCCGGAUAUCCCACACGGAGAGUGGCUCUGCCCACGCUGCACGUGUCCUCGGCUAAAAGGCCGGGUCCAGAAGAUCCUGCACUGGCGCUGGGGUGUGCCUCCUGAAGGAAUAAUGCUUCCACGACCCCUUAAUGCCUCCUCCAAUGAAGAGCAGCCACAGGCCACACAGGGGAGGUCAGAGAGGGAAUUCUUUGUGAAAUGGGCCGGAAUGUCAUACUGGCACUGCAGCUGGAUCACAGAGUUACAGCUGGAGAUCUUCCACACAGUCAUGUACCGGAAUUUCCAGCGAAAAAAUGACAUGGACGAGCCUCCCCCAUUUGAUUAUGGUUCUGGUGAGGAUGAGGGGAAGAGCGAAAAGAGUAAGGACGCAGAAUAUUCUGACUUGGAGGAGAAAUUCUACAGAUAUGGAAUUAAACCUGAGUGGAUGUCCAUCCAAAGGAUCAUCAAUCACAGCAUGGACAAAAGGGGUUGUUAUCACUACCUGAUUAAAUGGAGAGACCUGGCUUAUGACCAGUCCACAUGGGAAGAGGAUGACAUGAAACUGCCGGAUUACGACUACCACAAACAGAUGUACUGGAGGCACAGGGAACUGGUAAUGGGAGACAGUACAAGCUGCCCUCCUAAAUACAAGAGACAUCACAAAGAAUCCUACUUGGAAGAAGUACCCAACACCCCAAUCAAUGAUCCUACAGUGAAAUACGAAACACAGCCCGAGUUUGUGACCUCUACAGGUGGAACUCUACACAUGUAUCAGCUGGAGGGACUCAACUGGCUGCGAUUCUCAUGGGCGCAGGGCACGGAUACCAUUUUGGCAGAUGAAAUGGGACUUGGGAAAACUAUUCAGACCAUUGUGUUCCUGUACUCUCUGUAUAAAGAGGGCCAUACACGAGGCCCCUUUCUUGUCAGUGCCCCUCUCUCCACCAUCAUAAACUGGGAGCGUGAAUUUCAGAUGUGGGCCACAGACUUCUACGUGGUGACAUAUACGGGAGACAAGGACAGCCGAGCUGUGAUAAGAGAGAAUGAGUUUUCAUAUCAGGAUAAUGUCAUAAAGGGAGGAAAGAAAGCCUUUAAGAUGAAGGCACAAGCCCAGGUGAAAUUCCAUGUGCUGCUCACAUCUUACGAACUAGUAACCAUUGAUCAAGCUGCUCUGGGGUCUAUUCGAUGGGCCUGCCUGGUGGUAGAUGAGGCUCAUCGUCUAAAAAACAAUCAAUCAAAGUUUUUCCGGGUACUUAAUGGAUACCAUAUUGAUUACAAAUUGCUCCUCACUGGGACGCCAUUACAGAACAACUUGGAGGAACUUUUCCACCUUCUCAACUUUCUCACCCCAGAGAGAUUUAAUAAUCUGGAAGGCUUCCUGGAAGAAUUUGCCGACAUUUCCAAGGAAGAUCAGAUUAAGAAGUUGCAUGAUCUGCUGGGUCCUCACCUACUUCGUCGACUCAAAGCUGAUGUUUUUAAGAACAUGCCAGCCAAGACUGAGCUUAUAGUUCGAGUGGAGCUCAGUCCCAUGCAGAAGAAAUAUUACAAAUUCAUCCUCACUCGAAAUUUCGAGGCCCUCAAUUCACGCGGAGGAGGGAACCAGGUUUCUCUUCUCAACAUCAUGAUGGAUCUUAAGAAAUGCUGUAACCAUCCAUACCUCUUCCCUGUGGCUGCUCUGGAGUCCCCAAAGCUUCCCAGUGGUGCGUAUGAAGGUGGAGCUCUGAUCAAGUCAUCUGGAAAGCUGCUACUUCUGCAUAAGAUGCUUCGGAAGUUAAAUGAACAGGGCCAUAGAGUGCUGAUCUUCUCACAGAUGACCAAGAUGCUAGAUCUCCUAGAAGACUUUCUGGAUUACGAUGGUUACAAAUAUGAACGUAUUGAUGGAGGGAUAACUGGGGCCCUCAGACAGGAAGCCAUUGAUCGGUUUAAUGCUCCUGGAGCUCAGCAGUUUUGUUUCUUGCUCUCUACACGUGCGGGGGGUCUGGGGAUCAACCUCGCUACUGCUGACACGGUCAUAAUAUAUGACUCCGAUUGGAACCCCCACAAUGACAUCCAGGCAUUUAGCCGUGCUCAUAGAAUUGGUCAGGCGAACAAAGUGAUGAUUUACCGCUUUGUGACACGAGCCUCGGUGGAAGAGAGGAUAACUCAGGUGGCAAAAAGGAAGAUGAUGCUCACUCACCUGGUGGUGCGUCCAGGCCUAGGCUCCAAGGCUGGCUCCAUGUCCAAGCAGGAGCUUGAUGACAUCUUGAAGUUUGGAACUGAGGAACUCUUUAAAGAUGAAAUUGAAGCCGGUGAUAACAAGGAGGAUGACGGCAGUGUAAUCCAUUAUGAUAAUGGAGCAAUUGCACGUCUUCUUGACCGGAAUCAAGACGAGACGGAAGACACAGAGGUCCAGAACAUGAAUGAGUAUCUCAGCUCCUUCAAAGUAGCUCAGUAUGUGGUGCGGGAGGAGGAGAAGCUGGAGGAGCUGGAGCGUGAGGUCAUCAAGCAGGAGGAGAACGUGGAUCCAGAUUACUGGGAGAAGCUUCUACGGCAUCACUAUGAACAACAGCAGGAAGACCUGGCACGGAAUCUGGGCAAAGGAAAGAGAGUGCGGAAACAGGUUAAUUAUAACGACGCAGCGCAGGAGGAUCAGGACAAUCAGUCUGAAUAUUCUGUGGGUUCAGAAGAGGAAGAUGAAGAUUUUGACGAGCGAGCAGAAGGCCGAAGGCAGUCUCGUCGGCAGCUGCGCAAUGAGAAAGACAAGCCGCUUCCCCCUCUUCUGGCUCGUGUUGGUGGGAGUAUAGAGGUCCUUGGAUUUAACACACGCCAGCGCAAGGCUUUCCUUAAUGCAGUGAUGCGAUGGGGCAUGCCGCCUCAAGACGCUUUCAGCACACACUGGCUGGUGAGAGACCUGAGGGGCAAGUCAGAAAAGGAGUUCAAGGCAUAUGUAUCUCUCUUUAUGAGACAUCUGUGUGAGCCAGGUGCGGAUGGUUCUGAGACGUUUGCAGAUGGUGUUCCUCGAGAGGGACUAUCCCGCCAGCAGGUUCUGACCCGUAUCGGCGUCAUGUCUUUAGUCAAGAAAAAGGUGCAAGAGUUUGAGCAUAUCAACGGGCGCUGGAGUAUGCCAGAGCUCAUGCCUGACCCUAAUCUAGACUCCAAACUCUCAUCCCGGGCAUCGUCCCCCACUGUAAAGACUUCCACCACCACACCGGAGCCCAGCCUAACAAACACUCCCUGCACGUCCAAACCAGCCACGCCUGCCCCGAGUGAAAGGGGUGAGAAUGGAGGAACCCCAAUCGAUAGAGAGGAGUCAGAGAGCAAGCAUGAAAAGGAGAAAGAGGCGAAGGGUACAGAGAAUAAAGAUCCGGACACUGACCAAGCUGGAACUGGAAGAACCCCGAGCCCUCCGGACACUGUCAGCCCACCAUCCACUGCUGUACCAGAGAAGAAUGAGGAUAAACCGACUGCUGAAUCCACAGAUGUACCCAUUGGAAAGGAGGAACCCGAUGUCCCUGCUGUGGAGGAAAAGCCUGUCCAUGAUCUCGAGAAAGUGCUGGAUGGAGUUACUGAGCAGGACAAGGCUUCAGAGAGACCAGAUGGAGGACCAGGGGAUUCACAGAGAGUGGCAGAGGAGGGGAAGUUAGAGAAAGAGGCUGUGAAAGAUGUGACGCCCAUCAGUCAAAGGGAAGACGUAAAGCCCAGCAAUGGAAGAAAGGAGGAGAGCAAACCAGAGAGGCCUCGGUUUAUGUUCAACAUUGCAGAUGGCGGCUUUACAGAGCUUCACACCCUCUGGCAGAAUGAAGAGCGAGCGGCCAUCUGCUCCGGCAGACUCAAUGAGAUCUGGCACCGGAGGCAUGAUUACUGGUUACUGGCUGGUAUUGUAAUACAUGGCUACGCUCGAUGGCAGGACAUCCAGAAUGACGCUCCUUUUUCUAUCAUCAAUGAGCCUUUCAAAUCAGAGACUAAUAAGGGCAACUUUUUGGAGAUGAAAAACAAAUUCCUCGCCAGACGUUUCAAGCUCCUGGAGCAGGCGUUGGUCAUAGAGGAGCAGUUACGUCGAGCUGCCUAUUUGAACAUGACGCAGGACCCUUCCCACCCAGCCAUGGCCCUCAACGCUCGCUUCUCAGAAGUGGAAUGUCUGGCUGAGAGUCACCAGCAUCUCUCCAAGGAGUCCUUGGCAGGAAACAAGCCAGCCAACGCUGUCCUACAUAAAGUGCUGAACCAGCUGGAGGAGCUGCUGAGCGAUAUGAAGGCAGAUGUUACACGCCUGCCCGCCUCCCUCGCACGUAUCUCUCCCAUCGCGGCCAGACUGCAGAUGUCAGAGCGCAGUAUCCUGAGCCGGCUUGCAAGCAAGGGGAGCGAAAGCACGGCUCCGCCGGUGUUCCCCCCUGGACCAUACACUACCCCGCCUCUCUUCGGGGGACCAUUCACAAGCAACCCCUCCACAGCUACACUUUCCGGGACGAACUAUAAUCAGAUGCCUCUGGGAUCAUUCCUUUCAGCUUCCAAUGGUCCCUCUGUUCUUGUGAAAAAAGAAAUGGAUUUAAUGGACAGGAAAGAAGGGAGAGGGGGGGAGGUGAUCUGCAUCGAUGACUGAAGUGUUCUCCACCCUUGUUGCUGGCUAAUGAAUUGGAAAACAUUGUGCAGAACUGAGGGGAACCAGUGACAGAUGUGACAGACCAGAGGCCACAGUGAAUAUUGGACUUAUCUUUUUGUCAUCAUGGCAGUCUGCCUCUUCUGCUUGAUACCCAAUCCGGAAUGGAGCUACAAGUCUCUCUCUGCGGCGGGGAUAAUAGCCAUGUGUUAGUCUUCACCAGACCAGUGCGGGUGCUGCAAACAAAUAUGGCAGCUAUGACUUUGAUCCUGCCCCUGCAGGGUGCCACAAACUGCAUUAUGUGUAUAUCCUUGCCUUGCACUUUCUAAUGUAUGGUGUCACUUACUGAGAUACCACGUUCACUUCUAGGACGUAAACACCCAGAAGGAGCCUUGCUCUGUUCCCGUCUAUUCAGGGUGUCACAGUGGUGUAAACCAAAGAGGGCUAAAAGCUGGUUUCUCCCCUACCUAGGACAACCAGUAACAGUAAUGUGCAUAAAGAGAUGACAGUGCCUGUUGUUUCAAUUUUAACUUUAAUUUACAGAACAUUGACCAAAAGGCACUAAAUGUAAUCACAGAGAGUGGACUGAACCUGACCGCCAUUGACCCUGCCCCCUCCACUGUAGAGCUAGCGGAUGGACUAAAAGUAAAACCAAUUAAAGGUUUUAAUGGAUCCUUUAAUAAAAAAAUAACAUUAGUGGUAGUGUUCAUUUAAGUUUGCUUUGUAUGAGAUGGCACAUUCAGAGAAGUUGAAAUAUCUAUAUUAUAAAUAAUAACAGGUCAUAGCUUUUUGCUAUUCUUGCAGACAGGGGACUGUCAUUGUUAUUUUCAUUGUGCUUUUUAUUCUGGUAUCUGACCAUAGCUGUAUUGUAAAUGGCUGUAAACACUGAGCCACCAAUUGGAACACAGCUUUUUGUGGAUUUGUUGUUUUGUUUUUUUGUUGCCAGUAAAACUGACAAAAGGAAUUUUAAACUCUUAUAUAUUUGAGCUUUUCUCUUUGUGCUAUAUUAUAUAAAAUCCAUUUAGAUUUCUAAAGAAUGCAAAAAGUAAUUUCCCCACUGAGUGACGCAUAGGACGUUUCAAUCUCCUGUCAAUCUAUCUGUCACGAUGUCCUCUCUGCGCCUCUCCUGCAGUGAUCUCAUUCCAACCAACAUUGUAUACCAUGUAUAUACAUACACAUGUCGCUUCCGUAUAAUGCUGCCUCUGGCCUGCAAUGCCUUGUGUGGUUCUGUUUCUCUCAUGGUCCGCUCUUUGCCCCGUGAUGUACAUAUAAAUUAUACUUUUUAUUUCA